AUGUCUUCUUCUCCUGGUAUCAAGCGGCGGGAGCAUGUGGACAUGAUGUACAUCUCCAUUGAGACAGCUAUUGCCCUGGCCUCUGUGGUGGGCAAUGUGCUGGUGGUGCUGGCUGUGUGUGUGAACCGGGCUCUCCGCAACACCACCUUCUGCUUCAUCGUGUCUCUGGCCGUGGCUGAUAUUGCAGUAGGAGUUCUGGUCAUCCCUCUGGCUAUCAUCAUUAGCCUGGGAUUUAACACUCAGUUUCACACCUGCCUCUUCCUGUCCUGCCUGCUGCUGAUCAUCACCCAGAGCUCCAUCCUUUCCCUGCUAGCCAUCGCCAUCGACCGAUAUCUGCGAGUCAUGAUUCCCACCAGGUACACCACCAUAGUGACGCAGAGGAGGGCAUGUGUGGCAGUCUGUCUGUGUUGGAUCCUCUCCUUCCUCACUGGAUUGGUUCCAAUGCUUGGAUGGAAUAACCUCGAUAACCUCGAAGGGAACCUCACCAGUUCCAGCGAAAUAGUCUGUGAAUUCACCGCUGUCAUGAGGAUGGACUACAUGGUGUACUUCAAUUUCUUUGGCUGGGUUGUGGUUCCUCUGUCCAUAAUGAUCGCUCUGUAUGCGGAGAUCUUUAGGGUGAUCCGGCGACAGCUCAACCGGCGCGCUGAAGCCACGUGUGAUGCAGAGAGGUACUUUCGGAAGGAGCUGAAACUGGCCAAAUCUCUGGCCUUGGUGGUGUUCCUCUUCGCUGUGUGUUGGCUGCCAAUACACAUCAUGAACUGCAUUGACUUCUUCUGCCCUGAGUGUAGCAUACCCAAGUUUGCCAUGUAUGUGGGCAUUUUCAUGUCCCAUGUGAACUCAGCACUCAACCCAAUGGUUUAUGCGUUCAGGAUAAAGGUGUUCCGUCUCACGCUGAUCAAGAUCACUCGCCACUGCAUGUUAUGUAAACCCUCAGAGCCCACCCCGUGCCCCACCAGCACACCUACCCUGACUGAGAAGGUGGAUGUACAAAUUUAACAAGGGAUGUGCAAAAUGAACAAACAAAUCUUGUUGAAGUAAUUUGGCCGGC